CUCAUUCUGCACUUCGAAUGAGGUGACGAAAGUCGAGUCGAAUGUGUCACCCGAUUCCCGUAGUCGAAUGCGGUGAGAAGAGUCGAUGUGAGUGAACACCAAUGAACUCUCACCGCAUUCUCAUAGUCGAUUUUGAUCGACAAACGUCGCUUUCAAGUGACGUUUGCGGGUGAGAAGAGUCGCAACCUCCAGAGGUGUCGAGAGAGAUCGAGUGUUGUUGAAAACAAAUUGAAAUACAAGUUUUUUGAACAAGCGCCGGCUGCGGUACCAAAUCUGCAGCAUCAAGUAAUCGACGCGGACAACCUGGCGCACCCGAACAGUAAAGGAGUAAAACAAAUCGCAGCGGAACUUCCAGAAACGGGAUUUCGGUCGAUUGCCGGAUGGAAUCAAGUCUCCAAAUCAACAUGGUAGAUCUGGCGUACGACAUUGUGCAGUUCCAGAAGGUCCAAGAUUUCAAAUGGUUGGAUCGCUAUGAGAUAACGCAGAUCGAGGAUGACAACGGAUUACCCACAAAAGAGCCGGUAAAGAUUAGCUGACUAAAAAGGCCCAUAAGCUAAACAAUUUCUACGUUGUGAGCUAUCUGAAAAUCAGCCUUCGACUUAUCUACAAGCAUCCCGGCGAUCUGAAUUACCACCUCAAACUGGAAAAUAGAUCGAUCCCGGCCUUUUUCCUACCAACGUCCUUCGGCACUCGACAGAACUUGCUAACGAAAAUAUCAAACGACACUGUGGCCUAACAUCGUUUACUGUUGAAGAGGCCACACCGUUGAUCCACCAGAACCAGCGGCUGUGGUCGGUGGCCCACUUUCGCAACAACCACGCCGAGUUGGCCCAGGAUCUUCAGGAACUGUUGUCAUCCUGCGAACUGGCAUCCAGCACAUUACCUACUGGCAGCACAUUGCGCCGUGAUGGCUGCGGACCACCUGUGUUCUGAGCAACGACCCGAGUAGCGAUUUGGUUGCCACCAAUGGGGUGCGUAUAAAACAGGCACCGGGCACUUCGCAUCCGAAAAGAGCCGAGCGCCGGUUUCCGGAUGUCGUCCAAUGACGACGAGGGCGACGUAACGAAAAGUUCUCAUCAAAAUCAUCCCGAUACCAAAGCUUGCUGUAUCGGAAGGGCAUCCAGGUGGCGAUUACCGUCAUCAGAAAGGUAUAUGCCCGGUGAAGUAACUCAAGUGAAUCCUGAGGAUGAUCGGACCAGCAGGAAAUAAGGCCGUAAAAUCGGUAUCUAGAAGUUCGUGAACGUCUGCUUGUGGAAGCUGCUUAUGCGCAUCACAAAUCUCAAUGGAUAUGAUGCCGCGAUGUUUACGCGGAGUGUAAUUUCAGCAAAUGAAUUUCAAAAUUAUAAUCUUGAAUAAAUUUAAUCAUGUUUUAACUUUGUGACUGUUAAUGGUACUAUUGCAGAAAACUUCUUUGCGGAACGGCGGAUCAGAACGCCAGAAUCAAUAAUCCGUCGGCGAUCAUGUGGGUUUUCGAACAUCCUUCAGAAAUGAAGACGAAAAAUAUGCAAUGUUUUAUAUUACUCGCGUUACUGCAAUGAUUGUUGGCUCUUCGUCGAUUUUCUCUUUUGUUAACAACUUGGCAGACCAUUUUUUAGUGGUUUUUAUUGUUCUAGAGCUAGUACUAGUCGUCCUGCAAUGAAACUCACCGAGAGAUCAUCCGAACGUUGAACGUAUUUCCCUGAAUAAUCCGAAGAGAUAAUCGAUGAAGAGAAUCCAAUCAUUACGCCCGUAUGAUAUACUACGCGAGAUUAGGACCCUAAUUAUUUUUAAUUUUUUCUCCAAAGAUACCCCCAGGAAUUCUCACAGACAUUCUCUCAAGGAUUCCUCCAGGAAUUCCUCCAGGGAUUCCUUUAGGAAUUCCUCUAGGGAUGCCUCUAGAGACUUAUCCAGGGGUUCCUCCAGGGAUUUCUCCACAAAUUCUUCCAGACGUUCCUCCAGAGAUUCUUCCAAGAAUUGCUCCAGGAAUUUCUCCAAGGAUUUCUUCACGAAUUCCUCCAAGAAUUCCUCCAGGGAUUCCUUCAGAGAUUUCUCCAAAAAUUUCUCCAGGGAUUCCUCCAGAAAUUUCUCCAGGAAUUCUAGGGAUUCCUCCACGAAUUCUUCCAGACAUUCCUCCAGAGAUUCCUUCAGGAAUUACUCCAAGGAUUCCUUCGCGAAAUCCUCCAAGAAUUCCUUCAGAGGUUCCUGAAGAGAUUCCUCCAAAAAUUCAUCAAGGAAUUUCUCCAGAGUACUUCCCAGAAACCAUCCAGGGAUUCUUUCGAGAAUUCCUCCAAAAAUUCCUCCAGGAAUUCCUCCAAGGAUUCUUUCAGGCAUUCCUCCAAGAAAUUCUCCAGGGAUUCCACCAGAAAUUCCUCCAAGGAUUUCUCCAGGAGUUCCUCCAAAGAUACCCACAGGAAUUUUCACAGACAUUCUUCCAGGGAUUUCUCCAGAAUUCCCCCAAGGAUUCCUCCAGGAAUUCCUUCAGGGAUUCCUCCAGAGAUUUCUCCAGGUAUUCCUCCAGGAAUUCCUCCAGGAAUUCUUCCAGAGAUUCCUCCAGCAAUUUCUUCAAGGAUUCCUUCAGGAAUUCCUCCAAGAAUUCUUUCAGAGAUUUCUGCAAAGAUUCCUCCAAAAAAUCCUCCAGGAAUUAUUACAAGGAUUCCUUCAGGAAUUCCUCCAGGAAUUUAUCCAGAGUAGUACCUCCCAGAAAAACUCCAAGGAAACUUUCAAGAAUUUCUUCAAAAAUAUCUCCAGGGAUUCCUCCAAGAAUUUCGCCAGGAAUUCCACAAGGGAUUCCUCCAAGAAAUCCCCCAGGGGAUUUUUUUCCAGAAAUUCCUCCAAUAAUUUUUCCAGGGAUUCUUCCACGGAUACCUCCAGGAAUUCCUCCAGGGAUCCCUCCCGGAAUUUCUCCAGGAAUUCUUCAAGACGUUUUUACAGAGAUUCCUCCAGAGAUUCAUGCAGGAAUUUCUCCAUGGAUUCCUUUAGAAAUUCCUUCACAAAUUCAUCCAAGAAUUCAUCCAGGGAUUCCUUCAGAGAUUCCUGAAGACAUUUCUCCGAAAACUCCUCCAGGGAUUCCUCCUAAAUUUUUCAGGAAUUCCUCCAAGUAUUCUUCCAGGAAUUUCGCAAGAGUACGCCCCAGAAAUCAUCUAGAGAUUCCUCCAAGAAAUCCUACAGAGGUUCCUUUAGAAUUUCCUCCAGGGAUUCCUGCAGGAUUUCCUCCAAUAAUGGCUCCAGGAAUUUGUUCAAAAUUGUCUUGAGAGAUUUCUCCAGAAAUUCCUCCAAGGAUUAUUUCAGGACUUCAUAAAAGGAUUCCUCCUGUGAUUCUUGCAGGAAUUCUCCCAGGGAUUCUCCAGGACUUCCUACUGGAAUUUUUCCAGAAAUUCCUCCAGAGAUUACUCCAGGAAUUCCUCCAGGGAUCUACACAGGAAUUCAUCUAAGGAUUCUUUCAGGGAUUCCUCCAGGGUUUUCCCCAGGAAUUUGUCCAGGAAUUCCUCCAGGAACUCCUCCAGCAAUUUUUCCACGGAUAUCUCCAUGAUUUUUUCCAGGGAUUCCUCCAGAGAUUCCUCCAAGAAUUCCUCCAGGAAAUCCUCCAGCGAUUCAACCAGAGAUACCUCCUAGGAUUCCUCCAGGGAUUCUUUCAGAAAUUCCUCCAUGGAUUUCUUCAGGAAAUCCUCCAGGGUUUCCUUUAGGAAUUCCUCCAGAGAUUCCUUCAAAAAUUCCUCAACGGAUUCCUCCAGGAAUUCUUACAGACAUUUUCCAAGUAUUCCUCCAGGAAUUCGUUCAGGGAUUCGUCCAGCAACUUCUUCAGAGAUUUCCCCAGGAAUUCUUUCAGAUGUUCUUCCAAGGACUCCUCCAGGAAUUCCUUCGGGAUUCCUCCAGAAAUUUCUUCAGGAAUUCCUCCAGGAAUUUCUCCAAAGAAUUCUUUAGGUAUUCCUUCUCGAAUUCCUCCAAGAAUUCCUGCAGGAAGUCCUCCAAGAAUUCCUUCAAGAAUUCCUCCAGAGAAUCCUCCAAGAAAUCCUCCACGGAUUCAUUCAGUAUUCCGCUAAGGAUUCCUUCAGGAAAUUCUUUAAGAAAUCCUCCAGGAAUUCCUUUAGGGAAUCCUCCAGGGAUACCUGCAGGGAUUUCUUCUGAGUUUCCUCCAGAAAUUUCUCCAGAGAUUCAACCUGGAAUACCUCCAAGGAUUCCUACAGAAAUUCCUUCAAGGAUUCCUCCAGCAAUUUCUUCAGGAAAUCUCGAAGGAAUUUCUGAACGAACCUCUAGAGGAAUUCAUGGAGCAAUUUCUGGUGGAAUCUCUGAAGAUACAGCUGUACAAAUUUUUUUUAAGGACUCUGAAAUAAUACAUAAAAGAACUCCUGAAGGAAUUCCUCGAGGAAUUUCUGAAGGAAUCCCUGGAAGAAUCCUUGAAGGAGUUCCUGUAAGAAUCCAUGAAGGAAUUCUUGAAGAAAUCCUUGAACGAAUUUCUAGAGGAAUCUUUGAAGAAAUUCC